CUGUUGUCGAACCACAUGGCAUAAUGAAAAAAAAAAAAUAAAAAAAUAAAUAAAACACUUCCUGGUAUUUUGUGAAAGCGCCGUGAAGUGGAUAUGUCACUGUGAAAAUCAUAGGAAAGACACUGCGGGUACGAGUUUUCAUAAUCAUCUUGUCUACAUGGAGGCUGCACUGUCUUUCAAAGCAUAUUCUGUUAUUUAAUACAAUAUUUGAUCUUUUGGUGGCAGGAAGACAACAAUGGAGAUCUCAGAAGACAGCCCUUUAACCAUUGAACUCGACAAUCUACUGGAAAAAGGCUGUGAUGCUCCAACUAAUGAAAGGUUCACAGAUGAAGGGUCAGAUGAAACAAUGAAUGAGGUCAAAGAAGGUUUUAAGCUGUACAAAACUCAUGCUGACAAGAGUCUGACCAAAUUGCAGCAGAAAACAAGAGACCUUCAAGAGGUUGCUAAUAAAAUGGAGCGUGUACACUGGAGAACCACUGUGGGCACUCUGACUGGGGGAAUAUUGGGAGUAGUUGGGGGUAUUACAGCCAUAGCUGGACUUGCCUUGGCUCCCUACACUCUGGAAAUUGCCCUCAUCUCCACGGCAUUUGGAAUUGGUCUAACUGUCAUUGGAGGUGUCAUCAGUGCAGCUUCCAACAUCACUAACAUGAUUAAUGAUUCAAUAGAUCGGAAAAAGGUUGAGAAGACCUUGAAGGAAUAUGGAGAGCUGAUGGAACCGUUCCAAAAAUGUAUGAAGGACCUAAUGAGGCGCAUAAAGACUCUACAGAAGUUGAGUGUCUUUGUGGAGAAGAAUCAGAGUUCUCACUCCAAUGCAGAUCUAGCGAUGCCGUCCACAUACCAUCCAGGUAUUGACCAAAGAGGACUUCCUGAGGUGGCCACCCACGCUGCCAGAGCUCUGUCUUUGGCAGAGAUCUUCACAGAGCUGCUUUCUGCUCUCUUUCAUGAGACUCAUGUUUACUUUACCUCUGUUGAUGGUAAGGAGAUCCACAGCAUGAUGCAAACUAAUACUGAUUCCACAGCAGAAACACAGUCUACAAUAACUAAGUUCAUAGUGGAGGUCAGGAAAACAACCAGAGAGCUAGAGAGGGGCCUGGAUGAGCUGAAAGAUGUAAUGAUUUUUUUUUCAGAAUAACUGUGAAAUAUAAGCUUAAUUAUCGCCCAUUACAGAAAUUCAAUUACUUAUUUUUGUUUUAAGACUCUAUCCCAUUAAAACUUUUGUUUUAACUAUUUGCAUCCACGAAUCAGAGGUCUGAAGCCUAAUGAUGACUCUGAGAACAUAAUUACGAUGCUGAAAAGUUUGUAAAAAUAAGACCCCAGAGAACAUAACACAAUUUCAGCAUUAUGUAUUUUUUUUUAAUUUAUGGGAAAGAAAUCCAAUGUCACAUGGGUGACUGUUCAGUCUAUGUAGAGUUUGUAUGUUCUCACCAUCUUUUCCUGGGCUUCCUUCCACAGGCAAAAAAUGUGUUUCAUUUGAGUUGAUCAGUCUGAAUUGCCUCAGUGAAUACAUGCAAUGUACUCAGUAGAAAACACAGAAACUA